UUUGCGGGAAAUUCGCACCACACUGUGAUUUCUUUUUCAUUUACCAUCAUUUCAAUAUCCGAGGGCGCGAGUACUAAGUGGAGCUAGAGCCUAGAUGCCCAAUAUCAGGAGCUAAUAAUACGCUUCUUGGCCGAUCUCGUUUGUUAUCCUAGAUCAUACGCCAGAUCAUACGCCAGACUCCAUCAUGCCCUAUUCGUACGUUUUCCCGCCAGGAACUCGGGUGGCCAUCAUAACCGAUCAGAUGGGGCAGCGGCUUUGGCGCUUCUUAGAUCCGCAGUUAAAGCCCGUCACUAUAGUGCACUGUCACGCGUGCGCUCGAUCAGACACGCUCCUCGAUGAGUGCACGGUGAAUUUCGCCGACUUCACCAACAUCGUCGUCAUGGUCGGCACGAACGACGUCGAGCGGUACAACGCGCAGACGAUCUGCAACAACGUCGUCGAGUUGUUCGCCGCGCUGCGUCGCCGCUCGCCCGGCGCGCGCCUCGCGUGGGUCGCCAUCCUGCCGCGGCCGCUCGACUUCUCCUACUACAACCGGCGCGUGUGCGACGCGAAUUACUUUGCGAAGGGCGCGCUCAAGGAGAUGGGCGUCCACCGCGUCAACGCCUGCAAUAGCUUCCUCGUGUCACGCGACCGGCCGAAGGAGCACUACUACGAGGACGACGGCCUGCACCCGAACACAGCCGGCCUGCUGAAGCUGUCGCACUGCAUCAACCAGUUCCUCUUCAACGUCUUCGACGGCGGCGAGAGCGGCGGCGGGCCGUCCGCGAGAAACGCGUUCCCGGACUCGCCGUACAGACCGAUCAGCAGGGUCGUUGCAGAGCCCCGCAAUGCUUGCGGGGAGCCGGCGCCGGACCCAGUGACGAAGACCACCCCGGCGACGAAGGCGACCCCGGCGACGAAGAUGACCCCGGUGGCGAAGACGACCCAGGCGACAAAGAUGACCCCGGCGACAAAGAUGACCCCGGCGACGAAGGCGACCCCGGCGACGACGACCACAGAGGGAGCGGCGAAGCGAAGGAGCGGUGUGAAGCGCAAGUCGUGCAUCGAAAGCCCGAGCCCGCCCGGCGGCGACGACGACGACGACGACACGCGCAACGCGAAACGUUGUCCCAUAAUACCGCUGGAGCGGGUGCGGCCGCUGACGCAGUACUCAACGCAGGAUCCUGUCGUUUGGAUCGACACCGGCAAGCCACGGCGCGGGCAAUGCUGCAGCGGCCCUAUGGCCGGCCAGUGCGGUAACGUCAUCGAGUCUGAGCGGCUCGCGAUUCGUGGCGAGGCGUGUACUGCGGCGACGUGCAACCCGUCCCCUUCUCGCCUCCACCCAACACAGCUAACCAGCAAGAUUCAUUUAUCCUCUGUUACGUGCAGCGACAGCAGCAGCAGCAUCAGCAGCGGCGGCAGUCAGGGGAUGAAAGCUGAGCCGGAGCACUACCAUCGAUCCUAGUCCCUCUUCGGCUGCUUGCGCGGCGUGAUGUGCUGGUGCUAACCAUCUCAUGUCAGACAGAAGCCUGUGACAGUUGGAACACAGAAGCGCGUUUAUGAUGAAAGGUUUCAUGAUCGGAGCUAGUCUACAUUUCAUAGUCUUUCAGUUAUAUUUUCAAUCCAACCUCCAGUUUGUUUAUUAAUAAAGAGAAGACACUUGUGCAGCAUGCACGUAUAAAGGUCGGCGUGUGAGAGGAGAGAGAAGAGAGAGAGAGCCAGAGAGCAAAAGCAGGAGAGGAGAGGGAGAUAGAGGGAGGAAGAUUCUAUCGGCAGUACAUUUUGUAUAUCUUUGUGUAUCUUUGGAUAUCCAUUUUGUAUACAUUUUUGAAAGCCAAGUUUCAUACUGUGAACUAAAUAACGUGAUAACAAGUGACACGUGAAUGUUUUUUUCCAUAGUGUGUUUUCCAUUCCCAAGUGUUUACCAUUAUAGCGAAUACCAAAGUUAUUUUCUUUGCCACUUAUGUUGUACAUAUCUUAAUAUUAAUGUCAGGUGGUAUAUAUUUUUCACCCAAUAAAUUUUUAAACAAAAAAAAGUA